AUGCGGUUUAGUAACUUCCGCCAUGAUAAGUGUGGAGCACAGAUUGUGGAAAUAAGCCGGGAGGAAUAUGAACGCACUAAACGCUCGAUAUUACGCAAGAUUCGUCGUCGUUUGAUUAUCUUGGGAGUUAUUAUCGGUUCUUCCUCGAUUGUUGCGUUUAUUCUCGGCGGUGUCAUUUGCAUUUUUCACGCCAACAUUCUCAAGUUUCACAUAGUAUCAGGCCAUGUGACUUUGGCUAACUUGUAUUUCAUGUACGCGGCAACGUCACUCACCUUUAGUCUCCAUGGAUUUUUCAUCAAUGCCAAGUGGCAAAAGAUGCAGCGAGAUGGAAACCGUAUGAUUAUGCACUUGCAAACUGCUACCAUUCUUGGGGUUGGGUCGUGUGCGAUAGCUUUGUGGCUGGGCAUCGCUACGUUGUCUGCAUUCGGAUUUGUGGAGGUGAAAUAUAUCACGUCGUCUGAUUCCAAUCUCAUAUACCUUACUACGCUCAUUUUGGUUACAGUGCAUCUAGUCAUCUCGCCGUGGCUCCUGUGUACAAUCUACCGUAAAGGAUCACAGGCUGAUAAGCUUUUUGGUGCAGAAUUUCUUUCUGAUUUUCGACAGUCUCGAGAGCAUGACCUGGUUGAUGACGACAGUUCGGACGAAGGCGAUGCGGCGAUUCAUUCUGCUGCAAUACAGCCUAUCAUGUCAUCUCUACGGGAACAAAGUGAAGUGUCAUGUCAGUGGAAAUCUCGACAACAAGUCACGAAUCUAAGUCGGAAUCACGAGGAUGAUGACAAGGAUACGUACUCAGAACGUCGACGGCAAAGUGCACUCGCUGCUUUUCAAAAAAUGUCACCUAGCAUUGAUGCUGUUUUCCAAAUUCCUACCGCUCCUCCCGUGUCAUUGAUGGCUUCAAAUGCAGAAUUUUCAUCGUUUGACUUUUGGCAAUUCUGGAAGCAGAUUGAGACCACGGGGGGCUUCUCGUGCACAUUUACAAAUCAACCAUCCCGAGCCGACAUAGAGCGACAUUUGAAAGUAAAUGGUUUCUAUGUUGUAGCGAUUGAGCAGAAGAACAGCGUCCUUCAAGUCCACUUUUAUGGAACUCAACACAGUACCGGCGUCAUCUUUUUGUGCGAGUUUGUGGUACUUUUGGCGCGCAGAUUCUUCCAAGUUACUUUUAAAAGCAAGAACCAGGAGGUAGCUUCUGAAUUUGUUGCCCGACUUAAUCUCCAAGAUUUACUAGUCGUCGAGCUGUGA